AUGUGGCAGGAUGGUUUCCAAAAAGGUGUCAAUAUACCAAAAGAUACCAUCAUACAAGUAUGGAAGUCCAAGAUCCAUGAAAUCGGAACCAUAAUCCGAAAAGGGUACCGUGUAAUUUUCUCCACGUGCUGGUAUUUGGAUCAUGUCCGGGGAUACGUACAUUGGCAAGACUUCUACAACUGUGAACCAAACGAAAUUGAGGCGCAAGAAGGGAUCGAGAUCCUGGGCGGCGAGGCUUGUCUUUGGGGCGAAUACAUUAGUAGCGAGAUGGUGAUGAGUAUGCUAUGGCCCCGAGGCUGUGCUGUGGCAGAGAAACUGUGGAGUAGCAGGAAACCAAGGGUUCUUGUUGAUGUAUCUCGGAGGCUAUCAGAGCAACGUUGUCGUAUGCUGAGACGUGGUCUUGACGUAGGGUUUGCUAAUGGUCCCGAGUAUUGUGUCAGAAGACAAGCGGCUAGAUCUGGCCAGUUGUCAUUACAAAAGGUUCAGCAGACAUUCGGUCAAAACGAAAUCGAAAGCUUCCUUGAGAAAUUAAGAAAAUCUACGAAUGAACCGAAUGUGAUAUACGUUUCUGCUAUUAGAGAUUAUACACCAAUUCAUUUGACCAGUUUAGCCCUUUCUAUGGUUGGAGUCCUUUCUAUCACUUUCAUGAUGCUGUGCAGAAGAAAACGACGCUGACAGGCUAGACGGCCUCAUAUAUACCUUCUAUCGAAAUGUGUUCCUGGAUGUAUGAUGAGUAAUUGUAUACAAAGUAUAUUUGACAAAAAUAUAUAUGGUUUGCAAG